AUGGAGACAAAUCUUAAGGAGCAUGUAAAGGCCAUAACUCUUAGAAGUGGGAAGGAGUUAGAACAAUCAAAGGAGGCCGAACAACAAGCAAAUAAGGAGGAUACUUCGGUUCCCAAGGAACAAGAUGCUUCCACUCCUAUACAACCAUCUAUUCCAAAACCAUCAUCUAAUGCCGUCCCUUUUCCUCAAAGGCUGAAGAAGCAAAAUUUAGAUAAACAAUUUUCUAAAUUUAUUGAUAUUUUUAAGAGCUUACAUAUGAAUCUUCCUUUUGUAGAUAUGUUGGAGCAAAUGCUGAAAUAUGCAAAAUUCUUAAAGGAGGUGUUAUUGAAUAAGAGGAAAUUAGCGGAUAAUGAGAAGGUGGUGCUCAUUGAAGAGUGCAAUGUCAUUCUUCAAAGGAAGCUUCCUCCUAAGCUAAAAGAUUUAGGGAGUUUCACUAUACCUUGCACUAUUAGUGAUUUUGAUUUUGAUAAAGUUUUAUGUUAUCUUGGUGCAAGUGUUAGUUUGAUGCCUCUUUCUAUUUUCAGGAAACUUGAACUAGGGGAAGUGAAGCCUACUACGGUAUCUUUGCAGCUUGCAGAUAGAUCUAUCAAACAUCCAAGAGGCAUUAUUGAGGAUGUUUUGGUAAAAGUGGAUAAGUUUAUAUUUUCUGUUGAUUUUAUUGUAUUAGAGAUGGAAGAAGACCGAGAUGUUCCACUGAUAUUAGGAAGACCUUUUCUUGCUACAAGUAGAACUCUUAUAGAUGUUCAUUAA